AGGAGCUGCAGAAGCAUUUGCAGGAGCGCUUUGGCUGGAGGAUCGAGGAUCCGGGCAGAACUGCGCAUGUCACGGUGCACAUGCAGAUGCUCUGGAAUUGCCUCUUAUUGGAGGUAGCGCUGCUCAAGCAGCGGCGCCCGAUCCUGGGCGCUGGCUGGCCUUUUCGGGGUAUGGGGCACGUGGAGGCCUGGGCCAUGGCCAAGAGCCUCGACAUCCAGCCUGGUGAGGUGGUCCUGGACCCCAUGUGCGGUCGCGGCACCUUGCUGACGGAAGUGGCGCUGUGGUGGCCCCACGCGCCUCUCAUCGGGUACGACAUUGACCCGGCCCAGCUGGAGAAAAGCCGUGCGAACUUCCACUUCCUCGGCCGCGACGCGGGCCACGCGGCGCGUCUCACGCUGGAGCUGGCCGACGCCGUUGCGCCGGGCGGGCUCGCCAAAGCGGGGGCGGUGGACAAAGUGCUGCUGGCCCCACCCUGGAACAAGCAGUUCGCGGUCGAUGGGGAUUUGGAGGAGUUCUUCCGCCAGAUGUUCCGCGAGAUCUUCCGGGUCCUCAAGCCGACCGGGCGCUUGGUCCUACUGGGAGCUCGCGGGCAGGUCGAAAAGAAGAUGUUGGCAGCCUUGCAGCUGGAGCAGUCUGGGUCUGAGCAGAUGAUUUGGAAGGUCACUGCACGACAGCGUUUCGCGCUGACGCCCCGUGUGAGUGGGGUGAUCUUGCUGAUCCAGCAGAUCAAGCGCCAGGAUCCCCUCCUGCGUGCUCAGCGGCACCUGCCCUGGGACGUCGUCUCGCCUUUGUCGCCGGUGCAGCGCUGGCGCCUCGCGCGCGCCGCGCACUUCCCGCGGCUGGUGCCGGCCACGGCGGGCGAUGCCGAGACGGUGGAGGCGUCCAGGCCACGACUUCGUCCGCACCCGCUAUCCUUCCGACGCUGGGGCGCGCGGCUGUGGCAGAUAUUCGGAAAAGAGCC